CUCGACGCGACGUGACCUGGAUUGACCUUCACGUGCGCCCAAUUGAGGAUUCCAACUCGGUACUGGGUCAUAGUUCUUUCAAUUCUGGUCUGCGUCGGCAAGACCCAGGUGGUAGGAACUUAUUUUCCCUUCAUUUCAGAAGUCACCCCUCUGAAUCAUGGCUCGACUCUUCGUCUACGGAACUCUAAAGGGGGGGCAGCCGAACCACUACUGCAUGUUGGACAAGAGCAUUGGAGCUGCGCAGUUGCUUGCCACCGCUGUCACCACUGAGAAGUUCCCCCUAGUGAUCGCUGGCGAGUACAACAUCCCUUUCCUCCUCAACCUACCAGGCCAGGGUCACAGGGUUCACGGCGAGCUCUACAGAGUGGACGAGCGCUUGCUGAAUUUCCUGGAUGUCCUCGAAGACAUCCCCGCCACGUAUCAGCGGACUCUGGUAAUGCUUACGGUGGAGGAGUGGCUGGGGCAGGCCGACCACGAGGAGAGGUCCGCGGCGGGCGGCGUCACUGAGGCCUUUGUGUACAGCACAACCACGUACCAGCUGGACUGGCCCUCGCUGCCUCAUUACGAGAGUUACGACUCCCGCGGUCAUCACGGCCUCGAGUACAUACGGAAAUGAUACGGAAGCCUUUUGUCCCAUUGUGCUGCGAGCUAGUGCUCUAUUGCAGUGUUCCCCAAUCUUAGUUGAUUGACCCAAGGUGCAUAUUUUGCAUUAGAAAAAUCUCAGGGCACCCCUCCCCCAAAACAUCCAUCCAUUUUCCGAGCCACUUCACCUCACUAGGGUCGCGGGCGUGCUGGAGCCUAUCCCAGCUAUCAUCGGGCAGUAGGCGGGGUACACCCUGAACUGGUUGCCAGCCAAUCGCAGGGCACAUACAAAUAUACAACCAUUCACACUCAGAUUCACACCUACAGGCAAUUUAGAGUCAUCAAUUAACCUACCAUGCAUGUUUUUGGGAUGUGGGAGGAAAGCGGAGUGCCCGGAGAAAACCCACGCAGGCACGGGGAGAACAUGCAAACUCCACACAGCCGGGGCCGGGGAUUGAACCCCGGUCCUCAGAACUGUGAGGCUCUACCCAGUCGGCCAACGUGCCGCCUCCCCCAAAAUAAAUAAUAAAAAAAAUAAAAAAUAUGAUUUUGUUUUAUUUACUCACAAAUUUAAUAGUUGUGAAAUUUGGGCCUGAAGCACAAAGACGAUAUCCUUGCAGGAAUUGAAAAAAGACAGAAAUCUUCCAUAAUUCUUGGAGCAAUUAAGUGAAAGUGAAUCAUUUUCCGCCGCAGUGGUUAGUACUCAGUGACUUACGGCAGUGUUUCCCAAUGUUUUAUUGAGCAAAGACACAUCAUCUUCUCCUUUCGGCUUGUCCAGUUAGAGGUCGCCACAGCGUGUCAUCCUUUUCCAUCUGCCAAUCUCCUGCAUCUUCCGCUCAUAUUUAAAUAACAAAAAAAUCUCUCAGCGCAACAUAAAACUUAAAAAUAAAGUCUAUACAGUGUUCCAUUGCUAUAUCGCCGUUCACCUAUUGCGGAUUCAGUGCAUUGGAGAUUUAUUUUUGAAUUCAUAUCUUGCAUAAUUGGCCAUAUCACAGGAUUUUGAAAGUAUGCUUCCAAUGAAGUUGGGACGUUGUGUUAAACAUAAAUAAAAACAGAAUACAAUGAUUUGAAAAUCAUGUUCAACCUAUAUUUAAUUGAAUACACUAUAAAGACAUUUAAUGUUCCAACUGAUAAACUUUAUUGUUUUUAAGAAAUAAUCAUUAACAUUUUAUGGCUGCAACACGUUCCAAAAAAGCUGGGACAGGGUCAUGUUUACCACUGUGUUCCAUCACCUUUUCUUUUAACAACAUUCAAUAAACGUUUGGGCACUGAGGACACUAAUUGUUUAAGCUUUGUAGGUGGAAUUCUUUCCCAUUCUUGUUUGAUGUACAGCUUCAGCUGUUCAACAGUCCGGGGUCUCCGUUGUCGUAUUUUACGCUUCAUAAUGCGUCACACAUUUUCAAUGGGAGAAAGGUCUGGACUGCAGGCAGGCCAGUUUAGUACCCGCACUCUUUUACUACGGAGCCAUGCUGUUGUAACACUGCAGAAUGUGGUUUGGCAUUGUCUUGCUGAAAUAAGCAGGGGGGUCCAUGAAAAAGGUGUUGCUUGGAUGGCAGCAUAUGUUUCUCCAAAACCUGUAUGUACCUUUCAGCAUUAAUGGUGCCUUCACAGAUGUGUAAGUUACUGAUGCCAUUGGCACUAACACAGCCCCAUACCAUCACAUAUGCUCGUUUAUUUAACUUUGCACCCAUAACAGUCCGGAGGGUUCUUUUCCUCUUUGGCCCAGAGGACACGACGUCCACAAUUUCCCAAAACAAUUUGAAAUGUGGACUUGUCGGACCACAGAACACUUUUCCACUUUACAUCAGUCCAUCUUAGAUGAGCUCAGGCCCAAAGAAGCCGGCGGCGUUUUUGGGUGUUGUUGAUAAAUGGCUUUUGUGUUGCAUCGUAGAGUUUCAAGUUGCACUUACGGAUGUAGCGCCAAACUGUAUUUACUGACACUGUUUUUUCUGAGGCACGGUGGCCGACUGGUUAGAGCGUCAACCUCACAGUUCUGAGGACCCGGGUUCAAUCCCCGGCCCCGCCUGUGUGGAGUUUGCAUGUUCUCCCCGUGCCUGCGUGGGUUUUCUCUGGGUACUCCGGUUUCCUCCCACAUCCCAAAAAACAUGCAUGAAUUGGAGACUCUAAAUUGCCCGUAGGCAUGACUGUGAGUGGGAAUGGUUGUUUGUUCCUAUGUGCCCUGCGAUUGGCUGGCAACCAGUUGAGGGUGUACCCCGCCUCCUGCCCGAUGACAGCUGGGAUAGGCUCCAGCACGCCCGCGACCCUAGUGAGGAGAAGCGGCUCAGAAAAUGGAUGGAUGGAUGUUUUUUCUGAAUUGUUCCUGAGCCCAUGUGGUGAUAUCCUUUACACUGAUGUCGGUUCUUGAUGCAGAGCCGCCUGGGGAUUCAAUGUUGGUUUUCGGCAUUGCCGCUUACAUGCAGUGAUUUCUCCAGAUUCUCUGAACCUUUUGAUGAUAUGAUGGACCGUAGAUGAUGAAAUCCCUAAAUUAUUUGCAAUUCUACGUUGAGUAACAUUGUCCUUAAACUGUUCGACUAUUUUCUCACGCACUUGUUCACAAAGAGGUGAACCUCGCCCCAUUGCUUGUGAAUGACUGAGCAAUUCAGGGAAGCUCCUUUUCUACCCAAUCAUGGCACCCACUGGUUCCCAAUUCACCUGUUCACCUGUGGGAUGUUCCAAACGGGUGUUUGAUGAGAAUUCCUCAACUUUCGCAGUCUUUUUUGCCACCUGUCCCAGCUUUUUUGGAACGUGUUGCAGCCUUAAAAUUCUAAGUUAAUGAUUAUCUGCUAAAAACAAUAAAGUUGAUCAGUUUGAACAUUAAAUAUCUUGUCUUUUUAGUGUAUUCAAUUAAAUAUAGGUUGAACAUGAUUUGCAAAUCAUUGUAUUCUGUUUUUAUUUAUGUUUAACAACGUCCCAACUUUAUUGGAGUUGGGGUUGUACAUGGUGUAAAGGACUACUGUGCAUUACUGUAUGUUCAAGUGUUUAAGAGUAUAUAGAGUGUUUUUAUAAGCGUAUAGUAGAGGAGUGUGGGAAAGAUUAAUAAGAGUUGGGUGGCUUCAUAGAGCUUUAAAAUAUAAUCCCCAAAACACAUUUCAGCAGGUCAAUUGAUUCAAAAGUAGACAUGAUGGCAAAUAUAAACAUAGUGAACAUGAUCAUUGAGGAAGUGGCUAAGUAAGUGACUUUUCGGUUGCUCGGCGAGAGAGCUGAUGUUAGCUAGGCUAGCCAUUAUGUUUUUCUAAAUUAUUCAAAGGGAGGAAAUUAUGGGUAUGUAAUAAUAUACACAAAUUUAUAUGGUUUUAGUCAUAAAUGGGCGUCUGAGGGUAACCAUAAUUGCAUUGUGGCCCACAUGGAAAACAACUGACACUCAUGCAUUAGUGCAACUGAAUAUUACUGUACCCUUAUGCUACCCCACUGGCUUAACAGUAUUGAUAUUGUAGUAUGCUCUAAAUGCUUAUUUUCUGUACUGUGUGGUUCUAAACACAAAACACUUGUGUCAUGUCUCUUGAAUACAAACAGAUUGUUGUCAUCUUUAUUAAGAAUAGAAAAAUGUCGGGUUUGUAGAAGAAAAAUCCUUUGGAAGGUUAUCCAUAUAAAUGAGAGACAAAAAUGUGGAAAAUAAAUGAAGACUCAAGCAAAGCAGAUCAUUUCACAGUGUUUCGAAGUACUGUACAAAAGGUUGCUGCAAAACUAGGGAGCAAGAUGUGUUGCAUUUGAAAAUGGCACUGCAUUAUUGUAUAUUAGAUUGUCACAAAAUAAAACCAUUCCUGGUGAAAAAUC